AAGCCCAGAAUACCGAGGCCGCGCACCAAAUCUCAUCUCGCCGGGAAAGAAGCAGGCAGAGGACGGGGCGGCGCGACUCGGCGGAGCUCCACGGCCGCGCGGCAGAGGUCAGUUGAAGCAGGCUCUGAUUCCAGGCAGGGCACUCCAAGGUUGCAAAGUGGUCCCGUGCAAUGGUUCAUUUCAAGAACAGGUACCUGGUGAUGGAGGUCUUCAUUGACGCCAGCAGAGGAGACGCUGACCCUGUCAUCCUCACCCAGUUCAACAUAACAAAAGCGAUUAGAGACAGCAUCCAACUCAAUUUUGGGGAGUGUGGCCUAGCUGCAUCACUCGGAUCUUUGCAAGUGAAGUACGUAAAUCCUCUGACGAAGCUUUGUGUAAUCCGAGUGUCACGACAAGAUCACCAGAAAGUGUGGGCUGCUAUCACAAUGGUGAUGAGCAUUGGGAAGAUCCCUGUGUCGUUCAACCUCCUGGAUGUCAGCGGAACUAUCAGGGCCUGCUCAAAAGCCGCAUUGGAAUGUGAAGAAGCAAAGUAUGAGCAGUACAAGCUGGCUGCUGGUGACCGUAUCACGCCAGAGAUCAUCGAAGCCAUGCGGAGUUGCUUUGACAAACUUAGGGGAUUAGAUAGUUAAUGAAUUAAGUUUAUUUCAUCCUAUUAUUAUGAGAAGAUAGUAUUGAGUCAAAUGACUUGAGGCAAACUGCAUAUAGACAGUUAAUUGUUUGUCGGUUGGUGAAUACACAAUGUGAUACUCCCUCCGUUCCAUAAUUCUUGUCUCAAAUUUGCCAAAAAAUGGAUAUAUCUAUUUCUAAAAAGCGUCUAUAUACGUGUAAUAUUUCGACAAGAAUUAUGGGAUGGAGGGAGUACAUGUUAAUUUUUGUAUGAAACACUAAUGACAUUAUGUGAAAAUUUAUAAACUUGCGAUAUUUUAGAAGUUUUUCAUA